GAUUACACAGAGUACUAUCCCGAUGAAGGUGUAAUUGUUCGCCAUCAUAUGCAGCCUCGUAAAGCUAAGUAUGCUGUUAGCGCUGCGGAAGCAGACGUCUUGAACAUCGGCGAUCUACGAUUGACCGAACGUCAGCUUCUUGGAAGGACUUCUCCAGAAGAACAAUGGGAUGAUGGUUUCCGGGGGGGCAAGGCUUCAGGACUUUGGACGGGAACCACUUAUCUGUUUGAUCGUGGUCUUGACAAGCACCAUGCCGUGGCCGCUGUUAAACGCAUCCGUGACAAGAAGCUUGCGAAGAAGGAAUCUAGAAAACAGGCCUUCUAUGACAUCAGCCAAUUAUCUGACGGCAAAGGAUGCAUGAAUAAACCCGUCAACAUCAUCGAAUCUGACAUGAAAUCAUUUCUUGAACAAGCUGUACAAAAGUACAAGGAUCUUGCUGGCCCCAAGUACCACACCCUUAAGUCAGCCUCCACACCGUUCGCCGACGAGAAGAUCGCGAGGCCCAUCGACGAUGAGGCCGAGGCAAAGGGUGAAUUGGCUCCCGUCGCUAGCCGAGUUUUGAUGAAGCUUUUGUUUGCGGCCAGGCCUGCUUCGCCGAUCGUCGUGCCAGACGACCUCGAGAAGAGGAUCGAGCCCGAGAACGACGGGGUUCUCAUUGAAUGGGGACAUGAAUCC